AUGGUGGAUCCGGUGGCGGAUCCGGGCGGCGAGGAGAGAUGCGCGAACCCGGGAGGUGCUGCGGGGGCAGAGGGGCCUGCGGCGGCGGCGGUGAUGGCCCCGGCGACCUCCUCGGCAGUGGUGUGCCAGUCGCCCACUCCCCUUGCGGCCCCCGGCGGGAUCGGGGAGGCGGGCCAGGCCCGCGAGGAGUCGCCCAUGCUGCACCUAGACCUGUACAACUUCGACUGCCCGGAGGCCGAGGGCAGCCGCUACGUGCUCACCAGCCCCCGCUCGCUGGAAGCCUGCGCCCGGAGCGCCGUCAAGCCGGUGGAGCUGCUGCCGCGGUCCCUCAGCGAGCUGGUGAAGGAGGCCCCGGGCAGGUCGAUGCGGGUGGCCGCCGGCCUCUACGAAGUCUACGAGAUGGACCGGCAGAGGAAGCUGCAGCAGUGCCGGGAGGAAAGGGAAAGGAUUAUCCGCGAGGAGAAGAGGAGGCUUUUCACGCCUCUCCUGAUCGGCAGCCUCCCUUCCUCCCCCGCUGCCAGGAUGGCCUUCAAAAGCGCGGCUCUCUCCUCCGCCGCUGAUGGGAGCUGCACCCCUGGGCAGCCCAGGGGCAGGCGGACCAAGAAGAGCCACUCCCUGGAUUCCUUGCAAAAGAGGAGAGAGGGCUUCUCCACCAAAACCUCCUCCGACUCCGGUGCCUCUUCCUCCUACAGUGGAGACAGCCUGAAGGACAAAUGGCCCAAGAGAGUACCCAGGACUAGGUCAGUGGCUACCAUGAGCUCCCUGGUGGGCAGGAGCUUCAGCUUGGGGGACCUGAGCCAUUCUCCACAGACCACCAAGAAAGUGGAAAAGAUAGUCAAGGAGGUGAAGAAGAAAGGCCUCAAGGAGGUGCCGGAGAGGGACCGAAAGAUCGCUGCCCUCAUGAUAGCCAAGCGCCAGGAAGAGAGUAUCUUGAAUGAGCAGCGGUACAGCGCCCACCUCCAGUGGGACAUCCAGAGGAGGCAGGUGGAGCAGCGGAGGGAGCAGGAGGAGAAGGAGAAGCAGAGGGCCUUGUUGCAGUGCAAGAAGAUGUGGGAGUCCAGGCUGGAGAAACGCCGCUGCAAGUUGACCCUGGAACAAGAAGGAGCUGCCCUAUUGAAGCAAAAGCAGAGCUUAUUAGAGGAACAGAAGCGGCGACAGCAGGUGGACAAGCAGGAGAAAAUGAAGAGGGAGAAGCUGGAGAAGUCUGCCUUAGAAGACAAGGAAAAGAAACAUCACCAAGAGCGCAACCUGAAGACUCAGGAAGAGAGCAAGAAGGAGGCCCUGGAACGAGAGGUCCGGAUACUGGAGGAGAAGUUGUCCAUAGCUGCCCAGAAGAAGCUUAAGAAGGAGCAGCUGCUACAGAAGGAAAAGAAACUGCUCAACCAGUCGGAGAAGCGGAAGCACGAAGCCCUCCUCCGGGAGCUAGUCAAGCAGGAGGCUGAAGAGAAGGCUGUGCUAAGGUCUUCUAUGGAAGGGAGCUUGAGCAGGGCUCAAGAGAACUAUGAGCAGCUCAUUGAGAAGAGGAACCAAGAAAUAAGGGAGAAGGCAAGGCGGGAGGAGCUUCAGAUUCAAAGGGCCAAACUGACAGCAGAGAAGCGGGAGAAGGAGCAGAAGGAGCACUUGAAGGCCUUGGCCAAAGCUACAGAGCGGAAGCUCCAGCAUGCAGCUCAGGUAGCUGAGGAGGUUGUCCAGCAAAAAGCCCGCAAAGUGGUUCAAAGCCGGUUGGAAAAGGAGAAGAUACAGAAAGUCAACAAGAAGAAGGUGGAACAGUAUGAAGAUAUCCGGCGCAAGGAGAUUCUGCUGUCAAUUGAAAAAAAACUAGAACGGAGUGAACAGAUCUUUAAGGAGAAAAAAAAUGUAUUGGAAAAUGCCAGGUCUGUUGCUCGAGCAUCAUUCCAUGUCCGGGAAAAGGUACGGGAAGAGAUGAAUGUGCGCACUUUUGACAAGAUGGCCUUUGAAGCAGAAUUGCAGGCCAGCCUGGUUAAAAAAUAAAAAGGUCUUUUUUUCUAUUUCAGGAUAAGUAGGGAUAUAUCUCUGGUGCCCGUUGUUAACAUUUUGUUAUUUAAGAAAAUAAAUCCUUAUUUAUUAUUUUUGAGGAAUACACAAAUUCUGGCAGCUACUUCAUAGACCUUUUCCAACAUGUCUUUGUUAUACAUUUAAAAAUCUUUUCCACCAUCCUGACACAGCAAAUAAUGUAUCCUUGCCUGAACAAUAGCAACAAAAGUGUACAAAAAGCAAGGCAGAAAUUGGCAUAUUUUAUACAAAUGGGUGCUGUAGUUCCCAGAAAGUUCUGUUCCCUCUCCCUGUUAUUAAAUAGACACUACCUUUGUCUUUAUACACCUCAUACUUAAUGUGGAUGGUAUUCACUUUGGAUCAGGCUGCAACACUGCAUGCUGGAAACUGUGGUCUCUAAUACUAUGUGUCCGUAUUUAAGAAGAGUUUAUUUUCUAAAAUUCCUUAUAGUGUUUGGCCCAUAUGGUACACUUUAUCCAUGCUGCUGGAAACAAUGGGGCUUAUAACAAAAAACGUUUAACAGCAAAUGCAGGUAAAGACUAGUCCUGUUCACAUGGCACAAAACCUGUUUGGAAACUCAUGUUCAAAUAAAAGCAUAAACACUCUG